GAAACAUAAACUUCUGAAUCAAGAAAAUAUGGCUAUCCAUCUUAUAACAAAAUUAGCAAAACGUAGCAUAAUUCAACACUCACAACGUCGUUUAAUUUCAAAUCCAAUUUGUGGGUCUCAAUUUGUUUCGCAUUAUCAACAAUGCAGAGCUUACUCUGCUCGAUCUAUGAACACUGUUGCAGCAGCGACUAAAGUCCCUAAAAAUCAUUUUCUUUCAUUUCCAUUUUUUCUUCGAACAUCGUCUCCGUCUUCUGGAAGUGCGAAAACACAGAUGGGGUUCUUGGCGUGGUAUUUGAGAGCUCUUGAGUAUCGUCCGAUCAUCACAAAAUCUAUUUCAUCUGCUAUUAUAUAUGCUGCUGCUGAUGUUACUUCUCAGACAAUUACGAUGACGCCUUCGGAUUCUAUAGAUAUAGUAAGGACUCUGCGAAUGGCUGGCUUUGGAUUGAUAAUCUUAGGAACAGCACAGCAUCUAUGGUUUAACUUUAUGGGGAGGGUACUACCAAAGAGAGAUGUAGUUUCUACCUUGAAGAAAUUGUUGAUAGGGCAGUUUGCUUAUGGGCCUCUCAUUAAUUCUGCUUUCUUCUCUUUCAAUGCAGCUCUACAAGGUGAGAAUGGGGAGGAAAUCGCUGCAAGGUUGAAUCGAGACUUGCUCCCGACAAUGGUUAAGGGACUUAUGUACUGGCCAAUGUGUGAUUUCUUGACAUAUAAAGUAAUCCCUGUCCAUUUGCAGCCGUUGAUUAAUAGCUCGUUUUCCUACGCGUGGACUAUAUAUUUGACAUACGUUGCAAGUUUGAAGAAAGCUGCUGAUUAAUUUGCACGCCCUGUUCUGGAUGUUUCAAAAUCUUUCAAAGGAUAGAAUCAAAAGAAAGUUACAUUACUCAGCUGAGAGAUCAACAACCUCGGAUUCUUUAUUAAAGCUACCUCACCAAUUUUUACCAUUUAUAUUAUAUCAUAAAAUGUUCUAAUUGUACGUAUUCACCAUCAAGUCACAGUUCAAGCCGUAGUGCAUGAUAUUGAAUUUCAGGUCACUGCUCAGUUUGAGCUUUUCUUACUCCGUGAUGAUUAUGUGAAAACUAUAGUUAUAUAAGAAAUAGAUUC